UUCGGGAUGUCCACUCCGGUGACGGUAGCAGGGAAGGUGUUCCUGAUCUUCUACGGUCUCCUUGGCUGCGCCGCCACCAUCUUGUUCUUUAACCUCUUCCUGGAACGCAUUAUCACCCUCCUGGCCGUGGUAAUGAAGGCCGUGAGGGAACGCCGCAUCCGGAACUCCGGCCUCCUCCCGCCGGGUAUCCGCCAUGACUUCUCGGCGCGUUCUUUCCCGGGGUGGAAGCCGUCGGUCUACCACGUAAUGUUGAUCCUGGGGCUGUCUGCCAUCAUAAUCUCCUGCUGCGCCUCAGCCAUGUACACCCCUGUGGAGGGAUGGGCCUACCUGGACUCACUCUACUUCUGUUUCGUCACAUUUAGGUAAGGUAGCCUACUAGAGUUUGGAGGUUGGAGAGGUGGGCCAGCUGUCUGUACAAAUCUUGAGUCUGACUGUGGGGGAAAUCUGGUGGGGAAUGAGCUGGGGAGUAAAUCAGAUGCUGGCAUCCUAGAGUAUCCAUGAUAUCAUAUCCUGUUGUUGUGCCCAUGAGCAAGGCACUGCACUGUGGCUGGCCUGUUCUUCAACCUCUCCGUGGUGUGUGUGUAUGUGUGUGUGUGUGUGUCUCGGGUAGGGUCGCAAAAAAACAAUUUGGAAGAUUAUUGGAAUUAGGAGGGAAUAAACAGGAAAUAUCUGGCUAUCCUCCAACCGGGAUUUCUGGAUAACUGCGGAAUUUGUGGAAAGUUACUGGAAUUUUGCAAACCUAGUUAUUUUUCUCCUCCUCCUCUUCCUCUUCUUCUCCCUCUUUCUCUUCCUCCUCCCUCGUCAGCACCAUCGGCUUCGGGGACCUAGUGUCAAGCCAGAGAGCGGACUAUGAGUACCAGCCGCUGUACCGUCUGGCCAACUGCUUGUUCAUCCUCAUGGGCGUGUGCUGCAUCUACUCCCUGUUCAACGUUAUCUCCAUCGUCAUCAAACAGGUAGAUUUAGAACAAUGACCACAAUGGAAAUAAUUCUGUCGACAAUAUUGUAUUUUUAAUCCUCAAUCAUUAUUUAUGUAUGUAUUGUUGUGUUCAAUUGGCUGAGGCAACUCUAUCUGUAACUCUAUCUGUAUUUUAAAUGUCUAAUCAAAUUCCUUCCUUCCUUCCUUCAGGUGCUCAACUGGAUGCUUCAGAACCUGUGCUGCCAGCGGUGCAACAUCAGGUCCAACUCCUUUCCAUUGGGACGCCGCAACGCCAUCCGGCCCGGGUCGAGAAUCCGUAAGGGCCGCUUCGGAAUUGGACGCCCGCCGGACUCUGGGGAUUCGGGACCCUGCGACAGCGACACGGAGGGAGGAGGACGAAGACUCUCUGGAGAGAUGAUUUCGAUGAAGGACCUGACGGCCUCGAAUAAGGUCUCACUGGCACUCAUGCAGAAGCAGUUAUCAGAGUCGGCUAACGGUUAUCCCAGGACGGUGUGUGGCGGCUCGAGACAUAACGGGUUCUCUGGAGGAGUGGGCGCUCUGGGGAUCAUGAACAACAGACUGGCAGAGACCAGCAACUCCAGGUAG